CGCCGCCAUGUCUGCCCCCAUCCCUAAAGAGAAGCGACUCCCCAGUGUUUUUCUGGGUCAGUCCGGGCUGAAAGUCUCCAACAUCUGUCUGGGGACUAUGACUUUCGGCGAGUCGGCUGUGAGUACAUAAGAUGUGCAGUGACGUAAUUAUCUGACCCUCAUUUUAAAUUAUUAUCAGGAUGAAACUGUCCCUCCUAACUCACACGAAGUCUAGAUUUUAAUACAUGUUUACAAAUUGCAAUACUUCAGAUGUAGUCAAGACAUUACAUGCAUAGAAUACAUGCACAGAAACACAAAUACAGAAAUGAUACCCGGCAUAUAACUGGAAUUUUUUGCAAGUUCUGUUUGUGACCUGAAAUUGGGCUAGGAUAGUUGUAGCAGUUCUGUGUGAGACCAGAAACUCGGCUAUGAUAGUUGUAGCAGUUCUGUGUGUGACCAGAAACUCGGCUAAGAUAGGUGUAGCAGUUCUGUGUGUGACCAGAAAUUGGGCUAGGAUAGUUGUAGCAGUUCUGUGUGUGACCAGAAAUUGGGCUAGGAUAGUUGUAGCAGUUCUGAGUGUGACUAGAAAUUGGGCUAGGAUAGUCGUAGCAGUUCUGUGUGUGACCUGAAAUUGGGCUAGGAUAGUUGUAGCAGUUCUGUGUGUGACCAGAAAUUGGGCUAGGAUAGUUGUAGCAGUUCUGUGUGUGACCAGAAAUUGGGCUAGGAUAGUUGUAGCAGUUCUGUGUGUGACCAGAAAUUGGGCUAGGAUAGUUGUAGCAGUUCUGUGUGUGUCUAGAAAUUGGGCUAGGAUAGUUGUAGCAGUUCUGUGUGUGACCAGAAAUUGGGCUAGGAUAGUUGUAGCAGUUCUGUGUGUGUCUAGAAAUUGGGCUAGGAUAGUUGUAGCAGUUCUGUGUGUGUCUAGAAAUUGGGCUAGGAUAGUUGUAGCAGUUCUGUGUGUGACCAGAAAUUGGGCUAGGAUAGUUGUAGCAGUUCUUUGUGUGACUAGAAAUUGGGCUAGGAUAGUUGUAGCAGUUCUGUGUGUGACUAGAAAUUGGGCUAGGAUAGUUGUAGCAGUUCUGUGUGUGACUAGAAAUUGGGUUAGGAUAGUUGUAGCAGUUCUUUGUGUGACUAGAAAUUGGGUUAGGAUAGUUGUAGCAGUUCUGUGUGUGACUAGAAAUUGGGUUAGGAUAGUUGUAGCAGUUCUGUGUGUGACUAGAAAUUGGGUUAGGAUAGUUGUAGCAGUUCUUUGUGUGACUAGAAAUUGGGUUAGGAUAGUUGUAGCAGUUCUGUGUGUGACUAGAAAUUGGGUUAGGAUAGUUGUAGCAGUUCUGUGUGUGACUAGAAAUUGGGUUAGGAUAGUUGUAGCAGUUCUUUGUGUGACUAGAAAUUGGGUUAGGAUAGUGGUAGCAGUUCUGUGUGUGACCAGAAAUUGGGUUAGGAUAGUUGUAGUAGUUCUGUGUGUGACCAGAAAUUGGGCUAGGAUAGUUGUAGCAGUUCUGUGUGUGACUAGAAAUUGGGUUAGGAUAGUUGUAGCAGUUCUUUGUGUGACUAGAAAUUGGGUUAGGAUAGUUGUAGCAGUUCUGUGUGUGACUAGAAAUUGGGUUAGGAUAGUUGUAGCAGUUCUGUGUGUGACUAGAAAUUGGGUUAGGAUAGUUGUAGCAGUUCUUUGUGUGACUAGAAAUUGGGUUAGGAUAGUUGUAGCAGUUCUGUGUGUGACCAGAAAUUGGGUUAGGAUAGUUGUAGCAGUUCUGUGUGUGACCAGAAAUUGUGUUAGGAUAGCUCACUUUACGCAUCUCACCACCUACUUCCGUGUUGGUUUAUCACAAAUAUCAGUUUUCCAAACGGUCUAAAUUCUGGUUCUCUGAUUCUGGUAGGGUGCGUAGCUGCAUCCAUGUACUGGCAAAAGUGCAACGGUUUUGGGGAAGUGAUGCGGCUAUCCUAACGGCUCCUAGCGGGUGCCAGGGCAGCCUUGAAACUCCCGAUUGAUGUCGAGUCCACGGCGGCAUUGUCCAGUUGGUUUCAAUCGAUUAUUUCACUGAAUCAAAAACAUGCUUGAGGGCUGGAUUUCAAUCUCCAGCAAAAGUCUAAACAAGCAAAAACAUGAACACCGUCCCCCUCACCCCGGGUGGAUGUGACUUUUUUUACCUUGGAUGGCAACUGAUACCAAGAGAGGGAAAGCAUCAAAAUGAAACCGGGAGAUGGAGCCUCGCAGGCGGUAUGACAUUGACACAAGAAAAUUCCGACAACUCCUGCGACGUGGAGCGAGUGAAGAGCACAGUGAGGCACAAGAUAACCCUGCUGGUCAUCUGCUGCACCCUGAUGUAACCAGUUGUCUUAACUAAAUCUUACCAUUUGGAACCACUAGGCAAGGACGAGAGAGUGAGGCUGACGGAUUGAGCGACUCAACCUUCACUUUAAAACAAAAUACAGCUCGAGUCAGGGCUACUACUGAAGUCCAAGUGUUGGUCAUCUUGGCAUGCAAAGGACUGAUAAUAAUUUAAAAAAUAAUUGAGUUCAUCGUCUACUUAUAGGGAGGGGGGGGAGGGGGCUUUAAAUUUAUUUGCAUUAAGAAACAUAAAAUAUUUUUAAAGGUACUCUCAAAUUAAGAUAACUGUAUAUCAAUCAUCACCCAGUCCCCUAGCCAGCUGUAGAAUGUGUAUUUCCAGACGGGAACCCCUGGCCACUGUGACGAGGAACAGUCUCAUCAAAUCAUCAACCGCUUCGUCGAGUGGGGCGGCAACUUCUUUGACACGGCCAACGUCUACGGACGCGGGAAGUCAGAAACUAUUCUUGGGAACUGGCUCCAACAGUAAUGCAUUUAUAUCUAGCUUUCUGUUUGUCUGUCUGUUUAAAUCAGUCGCUAAUCAUAUCAACUUGUAUAUCCAUUUAUGAACAUGUCCAUCAACCCAUCGCCCCUUCUAUCUAUCUAUCUAUCUAUCUAUCUAUCUAUCUAUCUAUCUAUCUAUCUAUCUAUCUAUCUAUCUAUCUAUCUAUCUAUCUAUCUAUCUAUCUAUCUAUCUAUCUAUCUAUCUAUCUAUCUAUCUAUCUAUCUAUCUAUCUAUCUAUCUAUCUAUCUAUCUAUCUAUCUAUCUAUCUAUCUAGCUAUCUAGCUAUCUAGCUAUCUAGCUAUCUAUCUAUCUAGCUAUCUAUCUAUCUAGCUAUCUAUCUAUCUAGCUAUCUAGCUAUCUAUCUAACUAUCUAUCUAUCUAUCUAUCUAUCUAUCUAUCUAUCUAUCUAUCUAUCUAUCUAUCUAUCUAUCUACCUAUCUACCUAUCUACCUAUCUACCUACCUACCUAUCUAUCUACCUACCUAUCUACCUAUCUACCUACCUACCUAUCUACCUACCUACCUAUCUACCUACCUACCUAUCUACCUACCUACCUAUCUACCUAUCUACCGACCUACCUACCUACCUACCUACCUACCUACCUACCUACCUACCUACCUACCUACCUACCUACCUACCUAUCUACCUACCUACCUAUCUACCUACCUACCUACCUAUCUACCUACCUACCUAUCUACCUAUCUACCUAUCUACCUAUCUACCUAUCUACCUAUCAUCUAUCUAUCUAUCUAUCUAUCUAUCUAUCUAUCUAUCUAUCUAUCUAUCUAUCUAUCUAUCUAUCUAUCUAUCUAUCUAUCUAUCUAUCUAUCUAUCUAUCUAUCUAUCUAUCUAUCUAUCUAUCUAUCUAUCUAUCUAUCUAUCUAUCUAUCUAGCUAUCUAUCUAUCUAUCUAUCUGUCUGUCUGUCUGUCUGUCUGUCUAAUAUCUAUCUCACCUUAUUUUGCCUCUCCCUCUCUCAGUCUCUCUUAAUUUAUCUUUCUCGCCCUCUCUCACUGUCAGGUUAUCUCUCUCAAUUUUUAUUGAUGUCACUCUCUUUCCUCUCUCUCUCCUUCUCUCGACCCCUUCUCUCUCUCUCUCUUUCUCUGUCUCUUUCUCUCUCUCUCUGUCUCCUUAUCUCUUUCCCCCUCCUCUAUCUAUGUAGUUUCUCACUCUAAACUCUCUCUAAAUUUCUCUUUCUCUCUCAAAUCCUGAUAGUAUUUUUUGGUUGAAGCUUACCGGACAUCAAAACUUAACUCUCUUCCUGUCUAGUCAACCACGUGACAACUACGUCAUCGCCACGAAAGUUCGCGGGAACAUGGGCGUGGAGAGCGAUCCCAACAAUGUCGGCCUCAGCAGACGUCACAUCACAGCGAGUAUCGAUUCCAGCUUGGAUCGGCUCAAAACGAACUACGUGGAUCUUUAUCAGGUGAUAAGUACGAUACUUGUCUGUGAUGAGAAGAAUAGUGUACAAGUCAUUGCAUUGUUUUAAGCUUAAGGUAGGUCACUGUUAAGCCUGCACAGCUCAAUGCCAGUCUGAGUCUCGUCCAAACAAAAUAUUUUCAUUAUCUUCUUAUUUUUGUAUAUGUUUAGAGACAGUGGUGUCGCUAGGGUGGGUGUCACCCGGUGCGGUAAACUCAUGGUCUCACAUCCCCAUCCCUCAAACUAACUGCCACGAUGGAUUUGUUCUUGUUAAAAUCAGUACAUAGUAUAACAAUGACACGAAGAAAAACAAGUUAAUUAAAGGUCAGGAGGUCAAUGUAUUUGAGAACUGUAACAUGUACUUAAAAUCACCCAAUGCUAGUUCAGCCCAAUGGAGCAUAGGCCAUCCAAAAUACUUUACCAUCUGACCCUGUCCUGGGCUAUAUUUGCUAGUUCAGCCCAACGUUUCUACAUUCUCUUCACCUCUGUCUCUACUCCCCUCUCCCGUGCGGCUCUAGGUCUGCCUCUUUUCCUGGUACCUUGAGAAUUCCAAUGCAGGGCCUGCCUUGGGAUGUUGGUGUUUGCUUUCCAUAAUGUGUGUCAUAAAAUAUAAAUCUGAAAUAUAAAUAUUUUUAAUGCAUAUAAAGAAUUUAUACACAAAAAAAAAAACUUUGUUUUGAUCGGGUUGUCUAAUUUCUUGUGAUAGGCCCACGCUUUUGAUGACGCCACAAGGUUGGAGGAAACUUUACGUACUCUCGACGACUUGGUCCGUGUUGGGAAAGUUCGCUAUGUCGGUGUCAGCAACUUCUCCGGAUGGCAGUUGCAGAAGCUGGUGGACACUUCAGAGAAGUUGGGGCUCAAUCCCAUCGUUAGUUUACAGGUAAUAGCGUCUACCAGUUUUUCAUUUAGCAUUGUUACUGAUUAUCAUUUCAUUUAUUUUUAUUUUUUCAUCGCAAAAAAAGUUAUAAAUAAAAUGUGAACCUGAGCCAUGUUUCGAUACUAAAGAGAAAAUUGACGAUUGAUGGCAAAUUUCCUUAUGGGGUACGUCGAAAUUUGUGUAAAACAGAGUAGCUUUCCCGUGUUUGACCCCCCACUUUUACCAAUUUGGAUUGGUUCCAAAAUCAUGUUUGUUAUUUCUAAACUCGAUUCCAGUAAGUUAAGUAGGGUUAAUUAAAACAUACUCUCAAUUCACGGUGACUUCAUCCGAUCCAUGUUUACUCAGCCAAACCAUGACAACCACGAAUGACAUGAAAGCGGAAAUGAUAUGCACCAAACCAUUAUGCUCUUUUCUCUCCAGAAAAAAAAAAUCUUUCUUGUUCGUACCCCAUAGAAUAGAUCUAUAUCUUCAUAAAUUUAUAGACACGAGGUGGUGUAUGAUUUGUUGAAUUUUAUUUUUCAGUUAUAAAAUGUAUAUGAUCAUUAACAGCUACACAAUAAUUCAACAAUAAAAACCUGGUCAAAAUAAGGUCUUCCCCAAGAACUUAAGAACGAUCUGACGAGUUAUGAAAUGUCUAUCACCCCAUUAUUUUGAUAACAUAAAGUGAGGACGGAGUGCGUCAAAGCCGUUUAAAAUAAAUGAAAAAAGAUAAGAAAAAAAAAAGAUAAGGAAAAAAAAAAAACAGAACACUUAUGAAGACGUUUCGACUAAAUGCCUUCUUUGGCAUGAUCCGGGGAAACUUAAGUUUUUUUCAAGUUUCAGUUAUAAUUUGUUGGUUUGUUUGUUUUUUGUUUUUGUUUGUUUUUUUUCUGCUUUUUUUUUUUUUUUGGUUUGAUGAAUAAGGCAGUAAGUCGAAACGUCCUUGAAAUUGUUGUGUCCUCUUUUUCAAGCCUAAACAUUCCACUAUUUAUUCCAAUCAUACGGAUGACAGCUCUGACAUAAGUAAAAAUUUUACAUUGGAAAUAAUGCUGAACAAAUAUUUGAAUACACGUUUAAAAAAAACUCACGAGUAGAUCCCAUAAUUCAUAUUGGAUACAAGCCUUUAAGGAUUCUUGAUUACACUGGACUAUUCGUGCGAUUAUGUACAAAGGUAAAAUUGCUAUUGUUUCGAUUAUAGCUACACGUUUACAUAGAGCUUACAUUUAUCAUUAACAUUCAUGGUAAUAUGGCGGUGCUUAUGUUUUAUCUCCACUCAGCAACAAUACAAUCUGACUUGCAGAGAAUCUGAAUUCGAACCUUUCAGAGUAUGCAAGACGGCUGGUAUAGGAGUUCUGCCCUGGAGCCCACUAAAGGGGUAAGCUUAAAGCAUCCAUUUUACUUUAGCUGAAAUGUAUUUAAAAGUUACACUAUGUGUACAAUAAUAUGUGCGAUGUGUUUAUUGUGUUUAAACAUAUCUGGGUUUUGGCUGGGAAUUAACUCAAACGAUUCAAUUCCAGUAAAGAAAUGAAAUGGUUAUUACCGAAAUGAUAUGGUUGUUAGCUAAACAAGAGGUCCCAGGACACUACUGAUUUGACAAGGGCUACGCUUGAAUACUUCCAGCGGUCUCCUGACCGGAAAGGUCAAGAGAGGCGUGGACCCCACGGAAGGCCGCAUCGGUUGGGCGGCUAAAAAUGCCGAUACGAACACCCAGGCCCGCCGGAGGGUGUCCAGUUUAACAGACAAGACAUUUGUCGUCAUUGAGGCGGCCGAGGCAAUCGGUAAAAAUAAUGGUAAGCGUCUGCCUGUCAUAAUGCUGUAACGUCACGGUAAUUGGGGGAUAGUUUGAGAAUCUCGGGGAAGACGAGACUUGGAGCGCGAGGAGAGAGAAGGCAUUGUGCAUUGGUGAAAGAUUUUAAAUGAAGGAUAGAGUAUUUUUUAUAAACAUUCUUAUAUAUUGAAGGAGUCGGCAUUGGAUAUCAUAUUGUUUGAUGUCUUUACUCUAAGUACGACAAUUAAAAGUGUGGUGUAGCAGCGGGGCUUCAUGUUUUUCAUUGUGGGGGUGAGGAACAAGAGCGUGACGAAGGGGGGGGGGUGGGCUCAAAAUAUUAAAGUAGUAUUUGAGAAAUAACACAGUGAUAAGACAGUAAUUAAAAUAGUACAAUGUGUGCACCAAGAAAACAAUGCUUUACGAAUGUCUACUUAAAAACAAUUUUUUUUUUAAAACAUUAUUUCUGAAACUUUGUUAUCCCCAGGUCACAGCGUGGCGCAGGUCGCCCUCAGGUGGCUGCUACAGAAGGACGUCGUGUCGUCUGUCAUCAUAGGGGCGAGAACUCUGGCACAGCUGGACGACAACCUGGUAGCGGGCGGUGGUUGGUCCUUGACAAGAGAAGAGGUAAAAUGUCACGCCCUGCUGGAAUAAGCCAGAAGAGUUUGGUCUAUGUCAUCCUUUAUAGACAGGAAUAUCUAUUUAAUGAACUUAUACAUUUUUUUUAAAAAAAUAUUCUACCACUUCCCCAUAUAUAUAUAGAAAUUGGGAUAUUUAAUUAAUUGAGCUCUGAAUAUAUCAGAUGCGUCAAAAUGUUAAGGGAGGGAACUAAUGAUUUUAUGCGAAAUCAAUUAUAGUGUGAUUAUUUCCCUUGAUAUUUGAGGUAGCUCUGCUUGACAAAUUUGGCGAUUCAAGGCCUAACUAAACCAUACUGUAUUAUCAUUCAUAGACCGAUUGAUGAAUUUUUGUAAAUAAUUCAAUCCAGUACACAUUCAUCAUCCAUUCAGUACCGAUAUCACAUCAGACAUUCCCUCAGUAUUACUAUCAAUAUCAGGCAUCCCUUCAGUACUGAUAUCAAUAUCAGUAAUGAUUGUAUUUGGGACCGUUCAUUUACGUGAUUGUAUUUGUGACCGUUCAUUUACGUGAUUGUAUGUGUGACCGUUCAUUUACGUGAUUGCAAUGAUGACCUUUUAUCUACGUGAUGGUAAUUGUGACCAUUCAUUUAUACUCGAUUAUAAUUUUUACCGUUGACGUAAACGUGAUUGCUGUUGUGACCUUUCAUCUGCGUGAUUGUAAUUGUGACCGCUAAACAAUAUUAAUCUCUCUUUUCCCCUCGAAGAUCCUCAAACCGUCGCUGUCCAACCCUGCCAGCAGGCUCGCUCCUAUCUUUACUUCUGUUUGUGUCCUCAGAUGAAGCAGUUGGAUGACCUGUCUGCACCUAGCAUCCCCUACCCUUACGACACUUUGGUCCAGAGGAACGUGGACAGAAAGAACCGACAUGCCGUCAGCCAAUACGUUGGCAAUCUGGACGAAUGAUCAAUGUCCAUUCAUCUUGAAGUGGGG